UCGGAGGCAGGAAGAGGGGCCCAAGACCUGACCUGGGGAGGGCAGGGAAAGCACAGGCCAUGGCCAGGGUGGGCCCCAGACUUCCACGUGAAAGCCACACUGGCCUGGCUCAGGCCUCCUGAGCCCCUUACUUGCUGUGUGGCUUUGGACAGGAAUCUUGGCCUCUCUGUGCCCAGUUGCCUCACAGUUCUCAGGGGCCUCCGCCAGCCUUGUGGGGCCUGCCUCGUGGCCUUGGUUCCUGCAGCUUCCACCCCCACACGCUGUGCACAGGGACAGCCCUGGUCCCCGGCCCCGUACGCUGUGAACUCACGCCGCUGGGUGAGUCGGCUGUGGCUGGUCACGACGCUUGUACUUGAAGUCAUUCGCUGCUACCCAGCUGCGGACAAGGCUUCUGCCUGCUUGUUCUGCUGGGACCGAACCUGAGACUGGAAACACUGCAGCCCCCCUCGCCCUGAGCCAGAGCACCCCAGGUCCCGCCAGCCCCUGACACUCCAGCAGAAUGGGUAAGGAGAAAACCCACAUCAACAUCGUGGUCAUCGGCCACGUGGACUCCGGCAAGUCCACCACCACAGGCCACCUCAUCUACAAGUGCGGGGGCAUUGACAAGAGGACCAUUGAGAAGUUCGAGAAGGAGGCGGCCGAGAUGGGGAAGGGAUCCUUCAAAUAUGCCUGGGUGCUGGACAAGCUGAAGGCGGAGCGCGAGCGGGGCAUCACCAUCGACAUCUCCCUCUGGAAGUUCGAGACCACCAAGUAUUACAUCACCAUCAUCGACGCCCCCGGCCACCGUGACUUCAUCAAGAACAUGAUCACGGGCACGUCCCAGGCGGACUGUGCAGUCCUGAUCGUGGCGGCGGGCGUGGGCGAGUUCGAGGCGGGCAUCUCCAAGAAUGGGCAGACUCGGGAGCACGCCCUGCUGGCCUACACUCUGGGCGUGAAGCAGCUCAUCGUGGGCGUGAACAAGAUGGACUCCACGGAGCCGGCCUACAGCGAGAAGCGCUACGAUGAGAUCGUCAAGGAGGUCAGCGCCUACAUCAAGAAGAUCGGCUACAACCCGGCCACCGUGCCCUUCGUGCCCAUCUCCGGCUGGCACGGCGACAACAUGCUGGAGCCCUCACCCAACAUGCCGUGGUUCAAGGGCUGGAAGGUGGAGCGCAAGGAGGGCAACGCGAGCGGCGUGUCCCUGCUGGAGGCCCUGGACACCAUCCUGCCCCCGACGCGCCCCACGGACAAGCCCCUGCGCCUGCCGCUGCAGGACGUGUACAAGAUCGGCGGCAUCGGCACGGUGCCCGUGGGCCGGGUGGAGACCGGCAUCCUGCGGCCGGGCAUGGUGGUGACCUUCGCCCCGGUGAACAUCACCACGGAGGUGAAGUCGGUGGAGAUGCAUCACGAGGCCCUGAGCGAGGCUCUGCCCGGCGACAACGUGGGCUUCAACGUGAAGAACGUGUCGGUCAAGGACAUCCGCAGGGGCAACGUGUGUGGGGACAGCAAGUCCGACCCGCCUCAGGAGGCUGCGCAGUUCACCUCCCAGGUCAUCAUCCUGAACCACCCCGGGCAGAUCAGCGCUGGCUACUCCCCAGUCAUCGACUGCCACACGGCUCACAUCGCCUGCAAGUUUGCAGAGCUGAAGGAGAAGAUUGACCGGCGCUCUGGCAAGAAGCUGGAGGACAACCCCAAGUCCCUGAAGUCUGGUGACGCGGCCAUCGUCGAGAUGGUCCCUGGAAAGCCCAUGUGUGUGGAGAGCUUCUCCCAGUACCCGCCUCUCGGCCGCUUCGCCGUGCGCGACAUGAGGCAGACGGUGGCCGUGGGCGUCAUCAAGAACGUGGAGAAGAAGAGCGGUGGCGCCGGCAAGGUCACCAAGUCGGCGCAGAAGGCUCAGAAGGCGGGCAAGUGAAGCGCGGGCGCCCGCGGCGCGACCGUCCCCGGCCCCGCCGCGCCCCGAACCCCGGCCCGGCCCCCGCCCCGCCCCCGCCCCGCGCGCGGCCCCGGCGCCCCGCACCCCCGCCAGGCGCAUGUCUGCACCUCCGCUUGCCAGAGGCCCUCGGUCAGCGACUGGAUGCUCGCCAUCAAGGUCCAGUGGAAGUUCUUCAAGAGGAAAGGCGCCCCCGCCCCGGCUUCCGCGCCCCGCGCCCUCCUCGCUCGGUGCCGGUUUUACUAAUAAACUGAGCGACCCCC